GACCCUGGCGGACAGCAGAGGGAGGUUGGACCGGGAACAAUAGAGAGGAACGAAGCCAGCCUUGAAACAGCAAACAAACCGAGAGGGCGACGGAAAGAAAGGAGCCCAGAGGGGCUGAUGGAGGGAGAGGUGCACACGGAGGACAUGUGAAGAACACAGAGGUCGGGGCUUCGCUUUCUCUCUUUAUUAUCGGUGGAUUGGAUUAAACCGGAUUCCGGCAUGAACCCCGCAGAAGCGGCCGAGGAGGCGCCCAGCGACCCCGACACCGAUGCCUUCUACAAAACAGGCUCCCUCAGGACUGAAGGCAUAAAGGCGUCUGAUGUUUUGCCUGUGCUGAAGGAGAAAGUCGCCUUCGUGUCGGGUGGGCGAGACAAAAGAGGAGGACCAAUUCUGACAUUUCCAGCCAGGAGCAACCACGACCGAAUAAAACAGGAGGACCUGAGGCGGCUGGUCACCUACCUGUCUACUGUCCCCAGUGAGGAUGUCUGCAAACGGGGAUUUACUGUUAUCAUCGACAUGCGAGGAUCUAAGUGGGAGCUAAUCAAGCCUCUCCUGAAGACACUGCAGGAGUAUUUCCCAGCUGAGAUCUGUGUGGCUCUCAUCAUCAAACCAGACAACUUCUGGCAGAAACAGAAGACCAACUUUGGAAGUGCAAAGUUCUCCUUUGAGACCAGUAUGGUUUCAGUAGAAGGCCUGGCCAAACUGGUAGAUCCCUCACAGCUAACCGAAGACUUCGAAGGCUCUCUGGACUACAACCAUGAGGAAUGGAUCGAGCUGAGAGUGUCUCUGGAGGAGUUCAUGUCCAAUGCUGUUCACCUGCUGUCUAGACUGGAGGACCUUCAGGAACUUCUGUCCAUAAAAGACUUUCCUGCAGAUGUAGAAGGAUCCCGGCGAUUAAUAGAGGAGCACACACAGCUGAAGAAAAAGGUACAAAAGUUGAUCUACCUAAAAGUGGAAAAACUAUUACUUUAAUUAAACACACCGACU